CUGCCACUACAAAAUAAGCAUUGUUUCAUACACCUCCAACAACACUAGCUACUCCAUCUAUAUUUCACUUUCUAUCCUGCAUCUGCAUUCAUUUGCCUGACAUUUUCAACAAUGCCUUCUUCAAUUCAAUUUGCUGCGUCUCUGAUCUUCCUCUUUCUCUUUCACUUCCUAAAAGGUUCGAAUGCAGCCAUGUUCACCAUUGUGAACAAGUGCAGCUACCCUGUUUGGCCGGGCAUUUUAUCAGGCGCCGGCACAGAACAGCUGGCCACGACGGGCUUUGCCUUGCAGCCCGGCGAGUCCAACACUUUCACUGUGCCGGCAGCCUGGUCCGGCCGCGUUUGGGGCCGAACCAUGUGCUCCACAGACACCGCGGGGAAAUUCACAUGUGCCACGGGGGACUGCGGCUCCUCCACCAUCGAGUGCUCCGGCGGAGGUGCCAUCCCGCCGGCAACACUCGCGGAGUUCACCUUGAACGGUGCAGGAGGGCUGGAUUUCUACGACGUCAGCCUGGUCGACGGUUACAACCUCCCCACGACGGUGGACCCCGAUGGCGCCAGCGUAGGGAACUGCUCGUCGACCGGUUGCAUGGUGGAUUUGAAUGGAGGGUGUCCGGCGGAGCUGAAGGUGAAAAUGGAGGAAGAAGGAGGCGGUGGAGGGAAGAGCGUGGCGUGCAAGAGCGCGUGUGAAGCGUUUGGGGAUCCGCAAUAUUGUUGCAGUGGCGAUUACGCGAAUCCUCAAACAUGCAAGCCAAGUUCCUACUCGCAGUUCUUCAAGAGUGCGUGCCCACGCGCUUAUAGCUAUGCUUAUGACGAUGGAACUAGCACCUUCACUUGUGCUUCUGCGGAUUACAUCAUCACUUUCUGUCCCUUACCUCCCAAAUCCAAAAGUUUGAUCAAGUCAGGGAAUGGGAAAUUUCCAGUGGCAGUGAACAUUUGGGUAGGACACGGCCACGUGGAUGCAGGGUCAGGCAAAGUCAUGGCGGUGGCAAUUGGCGCAGUUUUAUGGACAAUUUCGUGGCAGCUCAAUUAGGUGGAAUCAGAGGCUCUUUAUAUCUCACUAACUGCCACUGUCAGAUUGCAUAGCUAUAGUUGAAUGCAUAAUUAAGGUGAUGGAAAAUGCAAGAGAAGCAUGUGCAAGUGAUCAUAUAGCGUCCAUGGAUCCCUCAACUUGGAUAGAUAACUGAUUUGCAAGUUGCAUGCUGCAUGAGGAGAUUAAUUUGUUGUUCACAGAUAUACAAUUAGCAGCAGCAGCUGCAGCACUUUUAACUCCAACAACUGAACUAAAUUAAACUUUGUUAUUAAUGUUAACAUUGGAACAAUGCGUACCAGCAGCAUCUGGCAUCCGUGUAUCAUCGAUCUCUAUCUAAUGACAACAAUGUACCAGAAUGAAAACAACAAAACUGGGUGGUGGAAUAUUAGGAUUUUUUUCUUUUCUUGAAAUCAAUUCAUUUAAUUGGAUCAAUAUGAAUCAGUCAAUAAUGUAAAUAUAUAUGAUCUGCCAGCAAUACUUGGAUGGUUUUUAAUUUGUUUUA